UUUGACAGCACAAAGGAGGCGGCCAUUUUAUUGCUGGUUGGUGAACGGGGGGUGAAGCUGUGGCUUAUAGCCCAGUAGCAUUGUUGUAUUUUUAUUAAGUUAUUUUUCUAAACAUCCGUUUUAACAACGUACAAAAUCGUAUACGUACUUAGAGUAAGCUUAGGUGUAUUUAUGUAUUGAGUCGGAAGACGCAAUGGACGAUCCAAAUAGGAUGAUGGCGCAUAGCGGCGGGCUUAUGGGGCCGCAGGGCUACGGCCUGCCUGGCGGCGAGGGAACUCCUACCGCAGGCGAAGGCGAAGCCCGCAAGCAAGACAUUGGAGAAAUAUUGCAACAGAUCAUGAAUAUUACAGAUCAGAGUCUCGAUGAAGCGCAAGCGAGAAAACACACUCUCAACUGUCACAGAAUGAAGCCUGCCCUAUUUUCAGUGUUGUGUGAAAUCAAAGAGAAAACAGUGCUCUCCCUCCGCAACACGCAAGAGGAGGAGCCCCCAGAUCCUCAGCUGAUGCGCUUGGACAAUAUGCUCAUAGCCGAGGGGGUUGCUGGCCCUGAAAAGGGUGGUGGUGCGGGCGCUGCGGCUUCGGCCUCAGCUGCUGCUGGUGAAUGGGACAAUGCGAUCGAGCACUCUGACUACCGUGCGAAGCUGGCGCAGAUCCGCCAGAUCUACCACCAGGAGCUGGACAAGUAUGAGAAUGCUUGCAAUGAGUUCACCACCCACGUGAUGAACUUACUGCGCGAGCAGAGUCGCACCAGACCUAUUACGCCUAAGGAAAUUGAGCGCAUGGUGCAGAUCAUUCACAAGAAGUUCAGUUCCAUCCAGAUGCAACUGAAGCAGUCCACCUGCGAGGCCGUCAUGAUACUGCGCUCACGUUUCCUGGACGCGCGUCGCAAGCGCCGCAACUUCAGCAAGCAAGCGUCGGAGAUCCUCAACGAGUAUUUCUACUCGCACCUGUCCAACCCUUACCCCAGCGAGGAGGCGAAAGAGGAGCUGGCGCGGAAGUGCGGCAUUACCGUGUCCCAGGUGUCGAAUUGGUUCGGUAACAAGCGCAUUCGUUACAAGAAGAACAUCGGCAAGGCGCAGGAGGAGGCCAACUUGUACGCCGCUAAGAAAGCUGCCGACUUGCCUUGGGUUGGCGCGGGGCGCGAUGCUAGCUCACCGCCCGCCAGAGCUUCGGCAUAUUACACUGCAGGCGCGUCGCCGUACUCGAUGGGCGCGGCGUCCGGCACGGCCACGCCGAUGAUGUCGCCGGCGCCGACGCAGGACUCCAUGGGCUACUCGCUGCCGGCGCCGGGCUACGACCAGCCGCAGCCCAGCUACGACGGCUCCAUGGGCUACGACCCCAUGCACCAGGACCUGUCGCCGUAGGUGCUCCGCCGCACCCGACCCUCAGGUUACGGGUAUGACGCAUAAAUUGUGCAGCUUCCACAGAAUUGCCAUUUACAUUAACUAUUAUUAUGUUAAGUAGGUCAGACUAUACUUACGACCGCUACCGACGCCGGCGCGACACCGGCCGGCGCGCCUAGCCUUAGAACAUAGGACAUUGUAUACUACACAAUAUACCUUAGACUACAUAAUAUUAUUAGCGAUAUUUUUGGAAGGAAAUGUAAUGAAUCGUAUUUUUAUUUGUAUUACAAACUAUACGACUGGCACCCAGUAUUUGUUUAACGUUUAUAAUAUACAAUUUAUUUUUAUUAUAAUAAUAAUAUAGUCAUUUUAUUAUAAA